CGGGUUUCCCCAGCGGCGCCGCCGAGGGUUCCGCCAUGGAGGGCCCGGGGUCGUGGUCGAGCUCGGCGGGCGCGGGGCGGCCGCUGACGGAGGACGAGAUGGCGGAGGUGAAGAAGGAUGUCCUCCCAUAGUACUUGGAGGAGAAAGGAUAGAAAUCUUAGGCAGAAACAAAUAACAUUCAUUUUAUCAUCAAAAUGCAGUCCCAUAAAUGUGACUUCGGAGCUUCUGCACUCAGAUUUUAAAUGUUGUGGCUUCACAACCGACCCUGCUCUCUCAGAGCUGCUCAGGCUUUAGAAAGGAUGCGUCCUUACCUAUGUGAUAAGAUCAUAGCCGAGAGACACUUUGAUUACCUGCGUUCUAAGAAAAUACUCACUAGGGAGGACACAGAAGAAAUUUCUGCUCGAUCUUCCAGUAGGAAAAAAACUGGGAAGUUAUUGGACUACUUAGCAGAAAAUCCAAAGGGACUAGAUACUUUGAUUGAAUCUAUCAGACGAGAAAGAACACAAAACUUCCUGUUAGAAAAGAUAACUGAUGUAGUUCUGAAAGUCAAAAAUGAAAAGCUUGAAGCUCUUAAAGGUUUAAGCUGCAGCACUUGUAUGACCUCACUGUAUGGAGGAACAAAUAAUCUUUCUAGAUCAUUUUCUGAUGAAUCAAAUUUUCUGGAUAAAACAAAAGACAAAGAAUCUAUCCAGAUACAGCACCCAGAAGAAGAUUAUAGCACCGCUGCGUUUGUUUCUGCUGUCUCUCUUCAUUCAAUGAAUUUACCAAUUGCAGAGAUGGGAAAUUCACAGUGCAGUGUUUUCUCAGCCACCCUCCCAGGGCCUGGAGACCCUGGUGCACCCCCGCUGCCCCCAGAGCUCCAGUCAGACCAGCAAGAGCCAUGUACUAGUUCAAGUGACAAUUGCUUUUUGCCUUUAAGAUCACGUUCUGUUCAACCACAGUGAACGCAGUGACUUUCAUCUGUUCAUCCAAAUGGUACUGAAACUUUGUGGGAUGUCUCUUAAAGGCUAAAAAAUGUUUUCAAACUGUUAGGAAAAUUGGAGAAAAUAAUCUAUGCAAUGUCUGUUUUAAUUUUGUAAUUGUGUGAUGCUGGAGCUGCUUGACUUUGUUUUGUUCUUUAGGGAGCUUUUUUCAAAAUAAUGUGGUGUUAUACCAACAAACGUUUGUUUUUUAAACCAAUGUGUAUAAGAUUUCACAUUUAGUUGCAGAUACUUUAGCUGGAAUUAUAGAACAAAUGGGUUUUUUCUUUCUGCAGAAACUAACAAAUCAGCUUUUCUUAAUGUUUCUGUGGUGGUGAACUGGGGAAAGAUGGUUAGGAAAAGUACUGAGUAUGGAAAAAAAAACUGAACAAAAAUCUUAAGCUUACUUAC